UUAAAAGAAGACAUUAAAAAAAAAAGAGGGUAACUGGGGACAGGCUCCUGCUCCGAUCGAUCGCGAUCUCGCUCGCUCGGGGACGGUCGUCCGCCGGAAGCGAGUCGCUCCCGAUUCACCGUCGACGUCGCGCCCGCCCGCGGUUUCGCUCGGCCGCUCUGCGCGCGUGUCGCGAUGGCGACUCUGCUCGGUUUCGCGAGGCUCCUCAAUUGCGCGGCGGGCAGCUGCCUGAGAAGAGCGACGCCGGCCGCAAUUUGCAAGCAGUAUUAUCCCGCAUUGAGACUGUGGGAGACGUCAGUAGCAGGGUAUCGGACGGCCAAGCCACCAUGGAUGAGGCCAAUCCAGGAUUACCAGACGGAGGUGCAGGAGUGGGACGAGGAGAGGGAGAAGAUAUGCACUGACGUUACGAAUGAGAUCAACAAUCAGAUCGCGACCGACAGUACGGGCCGCUUGUUCGCGAUCGUGCAAGUAUGCGGGAAGCAGUUCAAGGUGACGGUGCACGACAUCAUAAUCAUCGAGGGGUUCUGGCCGCCGAACAUAGGCGAUCAGCUGAAGCUGGAGAAGGUGCUGCUGGUCGGCAGUAAAGACUUCACUCUCAUAGGCAGGCCGAUACUGAACAGAGAGCUGGUCUCGGUCGACGCGACGGUCAUAGAGAAGACUCUGUCCCAGACGAAAACUCGCUUUAGGUUUCGGCCGAGAAAACAGUAUCGCCGUAUUAACUUCUACAGAAUACAACACACGAUGCUGCGGAUCAACUCCAUAAAUAUAAACGGGAACAUCGACGAGAAGAAAGAAGUGGAGGGAUUAGAUAGAGUGUAUUAAUACUUAAUAACACGUGUAUAUUAUGUAUGUAUCAAUAAAGGCAGUGGUGCCUAAA